CAACAAAAAAUACAAACGGGACGGCCAACAUCCAUACGUAUGGCAAAGCCGCCCCUAUUAAAUUAAAGCCAUUGACUAAAGGGGAAAAAAAAAGCCAUUGACCGGGGAAGAGUGAAGCUGAGCUGAGGCAGGUGGGAGGGGAGUAGGAUAAGUGAGAGGAGGAGGGGGAUGAUGAUGUUGCUGCAAGGUUGGAGCUUUUCGAUACAUUCGAGAGUUGUGGUGUCCAACAGCGAAAGAUAUGGUGAGAUGAGGAAGCACGUAUUCCGUCCUCACUUGAGUGGUUCUGGUUCCUCCGGAGAAAUUCAACUUGGCCAAUACCGCCACCACUUUCUCAGAAGCAACGCCGGCCCAACAUUAUCUUCUACAAGGACACUUAGUAGUAGCUGUUUCUCAACGCUGUGUGCUUCCAAUGUUGAAAUCGUUGACAUCGUCCACAACAAGGUUUUAAUAGCAGCAGCUGUAUCCGCGGCCCUUGGCCAACUCUCAAAGCCUUUUACUUCAGCGAUUCUCCACGGCAACAAAUUCGAUUUGAAGAGUGCCUUUCAGGCUGGAGGGCUCCCUUCUACGCACUCCUCUGCAGUUGUUGCGACUGCAACAAUCCUUGGCCUAGAAAGGGGUUUCUCUGAUGCAAUUUUUGGUUUAGCGGUUAUUUAUGCUGGCAUUGUUAUGUACGAUGCACAGGGUGUUAGAAGGGAAGUGGGAAGUCAAGCAAAAGUGUUAAACAGGGUUUUGUUCAGAAACAAAGUAGAGUCAUUUUCCUCUUGUGAUGUUAAUGAUUCUACUGAAUAUUUUCCAGAAGAAGUAUCUACAAAUAUAGAAACCUUUGACGCCAGCUCGUUGCGCAAAUUUAGAUCUUCUCAACCAAGAGUACCGAAUGCUCCAUUGCUGCUUAAAUCUGAAAACAGAACUUGGAGAAUGCCAAUCGUGAAAGGAGACUCAGAAAGCAUUCCUUUUGGUUGCACCCCACUGAAAGAAUCUGUUGGCCACACAGAGAUUGAAGUCAUUGCUGGUGCUCUGUUGGGUUUCUUUGUCAGUAUAGCGGUCAAUAGGAUAUGAUCUUUUUCUCAGUAUCAUUUACAUUGUGGCAAUUAGCUUUUGGAAGAGAUGGCUGUAUGUAUUACAAGAAGUCGUCAAAAUUCUUGAAUUGCUGCGGCUGGAAUUUGCAUUUCAAUUGUAUCAAUUCUUUGAAAGCAUUACAAUCCAUGUGCCGAAUCUCUCUUAUCUCAUGGAGCUCCUUGUUGAUCAA